AUGGCGUCCGGCGUGGUCGUCCUGAUUGGUGGCGACGCGCGGCUGCCCGUCCGCCCGCACCACCGCGGGCUGCUCCGCUGCUGCCCUGCAGCUCUCGACGCCCACAAGCUCCACCUCGCUGCUCCAACCCCGCACAGGCUCCCUGCAGCUCCGCGGCUACCCCCGCGUCCGGCCUCUCGUCGCCACCUGGGGCCCUCCCGCGCCCGGCGUCCGCACCCGGACGUGGCGACCACCACGCCCUGCCGCCUCCUUACACGCGUGCCGGCUUGGCCCCCCGCGGCCGCGCGCCAGUUCGGCCGGCCGACGUCCUGCCCGCCUCCGGUCCCGCGCUUGCGGUCUGCCUGGCCGCCCUCGAGCUACUCCGGCCGUCUCCCGCGGCUGUCCCGCGCCGGCUCCGUGAGCCCGGGCCGCCUGCUCCGCGUGCCGGGUCCGCGUCCCGCCUGGCCGGCUCCAACAUAUGACUCCGACCCCGCGUGCGCCGACUUCGCGUCGCCAUCCAGCACCCGGCCUCCCGCGGCUGUGCGCGCGCCGACUCCCCCACCCGUCCAGCUUCGCGCGCGCCGGCCUCCCGCCCUCCGCGCGACCCGGCCCGGCCGGCUCCGCGCAUCCCGGGUUCGGCUCCCCCCGCGCCGACUCGCCGCCUCGCCCGCCCGCCGGCUCCCGCGGGCCGGCUUCGCCUUGCUUCGGCCGCCUUGCCCCGCUGGCCGGCGUCCGCCUCGUCGCUCCUCCAUGCGGCCGAGUGCCCCAAGCCCGCACCGGCUCCCCUCGCUCAUCGCCUGCCGACUCGCCGCCCCACGGGCCGGCCUCCGCGCGGUCGCGCCGCUUCGCCCGCAUCGCCUCGCGUCGCCCCGCCGACUCUGGCCGCGCGCCGGCUCCUUCAGCCCUCGCCGCGCCGGCUUCACCGGUGACCCGGCCUGA